UCAGCAGCCAUGCGCGCACAUCCUGCCAGCCAGUUCGUACAGGAUGAGGCAUGCGGGGCGCUAUGGAGCCUGGCUGUCAACGACAACAACCAGGUCAAGAUCGCGGGGCUCGGGGGCAUCGAGGCCGUGCUUGCAGCCAUGCGUGCACAUCCCGCCAGCCAGGAUGUACAGCAGCACGCGUGCGGGGCGCUGAUGAUCCUUGCUGCCAACGACGACAACUCUGUCAAGAUCGCGGGGCUCGGGGGCAUCGAGGCCAUCGCGGGGCUCGGGGGCAUCGAGGCCGUGCUUGCAGCCAUGCGUGCACAUCCCGCCAGCCAGGAUGUACAGCAGCACGCGUGCGGGGCGCUGAUGAUCCUUGCUGCCAACGACGACAACUCUGUCAAGAUCGCGGGGCUCGGGGGCAUCGAGGCCGUGCUCGCAGCCAUGCAAGCACAUCCCGCCAGCCAGGAUGUACAGGAGCAGGCGUGCGGGGCGCUAUGGAACCUUGCUGCCAACGCUGUCAUCGUUGUCAAGAUCGCGGGGCUCGGGGGCAUCGAGGCCGUGCUCGCAGCCAUGCGCGCACAUCCCGCCAGCCAGCUCGUACAUCAGCAGGCGUGCGGGGCGCUGUUGAGGCUGGCUGCCCACGCCUACAACAACGUCAAGAUCGCGGGGCUCGGGGGCAUCGAGGCCGUGCUCGCAGCCAUGCGCAAGCAUCCCGCCAGCCAGGAUGUACAGGAUGAGGCGUGCGGGGCGCUACGGAACCUGGCUGCCAACGCCGACAACUCUGUCAAGAUCGCGGGGCUCGGGGGCAUCGAGGCCGUGCUCGCAGCCAUGCGCAAGCAUCCCGCCAGCCAGGAUGUACAGGAGCAGGCGUGCGGGGCGCUGAUGAUCCUUGCUAUCAACGCCGACAACUCUGUCAAGAUCGCAGGGCUCGGGGGCAUCGAGGCCGUGCUCGCAGCCAUGCAAGCACAUCCCGCCAGCCAGCUUGUACAGCAGCACGCGUGCGGCGCGGUAUUGAGCCUGGCUGCCAACGCCGACAUCUCGGCCAAGAUCGCGGGGCUCGGGGGCAUCGAGGCCGUGCUCGCAGCCAUGCGCAAGCAUCCCGCCAGCCAGUCCGUACAGGAGCAG